UUUUUUAUCUCCACAACAAUGUCUAUGAACAAUUCCAAACAGCCAGUGUCUCCUGCAGCUGGGCUCCUUUCAAAUACAACUUGCCAGACGGAAAACCGGUUUUCGGUAUUUUUUUCAAUCAUCUUCAUGACAGUGGGGAUCUUAUCAAACAGCCUUGCCAUUGCUAUUCUCAUGAAGGCCUAUCAGAGAUUUAGACAGAAGUCCAAGGCAUCGUUUCUGCUUUUGGCCAGUGCCCUGGUCAUCACAGACUUCUUUGGCCACCUCAUCAAUGGAGCUAUAGCAGUCUUUGUAUACGCUUCUGAUAAAGACUGGAUCCGCUUUGACCAGUCGAACAUCCUUUGCAGUAUUUUUGGUAUCUGCAUGGUAUUCUCUGGUCUGUGCCCACUUUUUCUAGGCAGUGUGAUGGCCAUUGAGCGAUGUAUUGGAGUCACCAAGCCAAUAUUUCAUUCUACGAAAAUUACAUCCAAACAUGUGAAAAUGAUGUUGAGUGGAGUGUGCUUGUUUGCUGUUUUCAUAGCUUUGUUACCCAUCCUUGGGCAUCGAAACUAUAAAAUUCAAGCAUCGAGGACCUGGUGUUUCUACAAAACAGAGCACAUCAAAGACUGGGAAGAUAGGUUUUAUCUUCUUCUCUUUUCUUUUCUGGGGCUCUUAGCCCUUGGCAUUUCGUUCUUGUGCAAUGCCAUCACAGGAAUUACACUUUUAAGAGUUAAAUUUAAAAGUCAGCAGCACAGACAAGGCAGGUCUCAUCAUUUUGAAAUGGUCAUCCAGCUCCUGGCUAUAAUGUGUGUCUCCUGCAUUUGCUGGAGUCCAUUUCUGGUGACAAUGGCCAACAUUGGAAUAAAUGGAGAUCAUUCUCUGGAGACCUGUGAAACAACACUUUUCACUCUCCGAAUGGCAACAUGGAAUCAAAUCUUAGAUCCCUGGGUGUACAUUCUGCUGCGGAAGGCGGUCCUUAAGAACCUCUACAAACUGGCCAGACGCUGCUGUGGAGUGCAUGUCAUCAGCUUGCAUGUGUGGGAGCUUAGCUCCAUUAAAAAUUCCUUAAAGGUUGCUGCUAUUUCUGAGUCCCCAGUUGCAGAGAAAAUAAAUCAGCAAACGCCUGGUUUAAUAGGACAGUAAGGCAGUGUAGAUCUAGGGCAACUUUCAGGCAAGUUUUGUCAAUAUUUCAGUCAAUUGGAUAGAGAUAGAAAGCCUAACUGGAAAAUUCAGACCUCAGCAGUUAGUUUGGGGGUACUUUUGUCAGAUUCGGCUGUUGAAAUUUGUUAAAUUCACUGUACAAUUGCAUCUUUUCACUUGUUUUUGUCAACUGGAGGUAAACAUGAUGCGAUGAUGCCAUGGGAGUCAAAAUGAAAAAAAA